AUGGUAUUGCAGUAUGAGUUUGGAAUUACAACAUGCUUCCAUGAGAAACUUCAUAUAGUUUUGGUUAGAGUAUUUUUAGGAGUGGCCCUCCAAAUCUUGUGCAGUUAUAUUACAUUCCCACUCUAUGCCUUGGUAACACAGAUGGGUUCACAUAUGAAGAAAUCAAUAUUUGAGGAACAAACUGCAAAAGCCCUAAAGAAAUGGCACCAAGCUGCAAAGCAAAGGAAGAAACUGCGCAAAGUCGAUGCUUCUUACACGAGUGGGGAUACAACUCCGUCUCGAGCAACCUCCCCACUUCACUUGCUCCACCACCACAACCGCCGCUCCUCCACUGCUCCGGCGACGGAUUCCGAGAGCUUGGCCGACCUCUCUCCGGCCAGGUCUUACAUAUCCGACACGGAGCUUUCCGAACUCGAGUCUAAUUCGAAUCGAGGCAAACAUGGACCGACAGCUUCGUCAGUACUUGACAAUCAUCUGAUGCAAAUGAAUACGGAUUCUCAUAACGUCGACUUUUCUUUCGUAAAAUCAUCCGAUCAACAUUGA